GUCUGUUUGACAGUCGAUACAUCUCCAUCUGUAGUGAAGCCCACGGGGUACGGGAGUCAUCACAGGGUGUGGGAGCCAGACAGCUCCUGUGGACAGGAAUAAGAAGGACAAACUCAUUGCCAGCAAUGAAGUGCUGAACUGUGCUGUGGAGGAGUGUAACUCACAAAAAGAUGCCAGUCAUGAAGGGGCUUCUUGCCCCGCAGAACACCUUCCUGGAUGCCAUCGCUAAGCACUUCGACGGCACCCACAGCAACUUCCUGUUGGGAAAUGCUCAGGGUUGCCGUGGAUACCCCAUAGUGUACUGCUCCGACGGCUUCUGCGAGCUCACCGGCUUUGGGCGGACGGAGGUCAUGCAGAAGACGUGCAAGUGUCACUUCCUGUACGGGCCGGACACCAGCGAGCGUGUCACCCAGCAGCUGGAGAAGAUCCUGGAGGGCCAGAGAGAGUACCAGACGGAGGUCCGCCUCUACAGAAAGAACGCAAGCCCAUUCUGGUGUCUCUUGGACAUAGUGCCGAUAAAGAAUGAGAAAGGAGAUGUGGUCCUCUUCCUGUUCUCUUUCAAAGACAUCAGUGACUCGUAUGGCAAGAGUCACCACAGUAGCCAUAAAGACGCAGGUUUAUCCGAGGACGAGUGUCAGAGCAUGAAGGCCGCCAGCUCCCCUCUCAGCCGGGCACGUGAGCGCGGGAGGACCGUUCUGUACCAACUCACCAGUCAGUUCACCAGCAGGGACAAAGACAAGCUAACCAAUAAUGUGUUCCGUGGGCCUUCCCUCCCAGAGUACAAGGUGGCUUCCGUACAAAAGUCCCGUUUUAUCCUGUUGCACUACAGCCUGAGCAAGGCAUUGUGGGAUUGGCUGAUCCUGUUCGCUACCUUCUACGUCGCCGUGACUGUACCCUACAACGUCUGCUUCUCCACCCCUGAAGACAGUGACCAUGGCAACGACGACUGUGAAUCCACCUCCCGCAGCACCAUAGUCAGCGACAUUGCCGUGGAGAUGCUCUUCAUUCUAGACAUUGUGCUGAACUUCCGCACCACAUAUGUGAGUGAGUCUGGUCAGGUGGUGUACGACGCCCGGUCCAUCUGCCUGCACUACUUAGCCACCUGGUUCAUCCUGGACGUCAUUGCUUCCCUGCCCUUUGACCUGCUGUAUGCACUGAACAUCACUGUUACAUCUCUGGUUCAUCUACUGAAGACAGUGCGGCUGCUGCGGCUGCUGCGACUGCUGCAGAAACUGGACCGCUACUCCCAGUACAGCUCUGUGGUGCUGACGUUACUCAUGUCAGUCUUUGCUCUGCUGGCCCACUGGCUAGCAUGUGUGUGGUACGUCAUUGGCUACAAGCAGCUCGAAAGCAAUGACCUACUUACCUGGGAUAUAGGCUGGUUGCAGGAACUGGGGAAGCGCUUGGAGACGCCGUACACUAACGGAACUGCGGGGGGUCCGUCGCUGCAGAGUGCCUACAUCACCUCGCUCUACUUCACUCUGAGCAGUCUGACCAGCGUGGGCUUCGGCAACGUGUGUGCCAACACAGACGCCGAGAAGAUUUUCUCCAUUUGUACCAUGCUGAUUGGGGCUCUGAUGCACGCAGUGGUGUUUGGGAACGUGACGGCCAUCAUCCAGCGCAUGUACUCUCGGCGCUCGCAGUACCACACGCGCAUGAAGGACCUGAAGGACUUCAUCCGGGUGCACCGGCUGCCCCAGCAGCUCAAGCAGCGCAUGCUGGAGUACUUCCAGGCCACCUGGUCCGUCAACAACGGCAUCAAUGCAAACGAGUUGCUGCACGACUUCCCAGACGAGCUGCGCGCAGACAUCGCCAUGAACCUGAACAAGGACAUCCUGCAGCUGCCGCUCUUCUCCUCGGCAAGCAGGGGGUGCUUGCGCUCCCUCUCCCUCCACAUCAAGACCUCUUUCUGUGCCCCCGGAGAGUAUCUCAUUCGCCACGGAGACGCGCUCAACGCCCAGCACUACGUCUGCUCAGGGUCGCUCGAGGUCCUGAAAGAUGGCAUGGUGCUCGCCAUAUUAGGUAAGGGAGACUUGAUCGGCGCUGACAUCCCGGGGCAGGAUCAGGUGAUUAAGGCCAACGCCGACGUGAAGGCACUCACCUACUGUGACCUGCAGUACAUCAGCAUUCGAGCUCUGCAGGAGGUUCUGGAGCUGUAUCCAGAGUACAACCAUAGCUUCACUGCAGAUAUCCACCAUAACCUGACAUACAACCUGAGAGAGGGUAUGACGAGGUUCUCUCGCUCUCCUCGACUUUCGCAGGAUCGUGCAGACUCAUCAAUGUCGAGGGACUCAAAGCUCCCCUUCAUCAUUAAGUCUGAGGAAGAGGAAGACCUUAACAAGGAAGCUUGUUUCUCCUCCUCCCCUGGAAGACUGCCGCUGCAUCCCAGUUUGGGAAGCCCCUGCCGCCAGUCCUCCCUGACCACCAUGUUAGGGGAGGAGCUACGUCAUAUCAACAUGCUCGGACGCUGCCGGUCGCCCACUCAGGGCUUCCGGGGCCGAAGCCCCUCCCCACAGCCAGCCAAAGAGGAGCUGUCCCCUAACCACGGGCCCGCCUACAUCACCGACAGCAGCUCGUGCUAUAGGCCGGCCAAGCUGCUGAUUCCGUCCCUAACCUGUGUGAGCCCACUGGACCUGAGCCCCAGAGUUGUUGAUGGCAUUGAGGAUAAUGGGAGAGCUUUUCACUUCAAUGUGGAGCAGUCUGCAGUCCCUACCAACACAGGAGUCAAAGACCCCUACCAGGUGAGCGCCAAUCUGCUUCUGGAAACUGAGGAUGUCCGACAGAGUAUCAACUGUCUCAACAAAGAGAUGUGCCACAUGAAUCAGGAGGUGUCAAACCUGACCAAGGAGCUCCAUGAGAUGAUGCACUUUCUCAAGACUCAUGUCACACUGCCACACUUCCACUCGUCCCUGUCCUCCUUUCCUUCCUUUGGACUGCAGGUGGUGCCCACUCCCUCUGUGAGCAGCACCAUGGCUGCCACAGCUCCUGACUGGCAGCCCAGGGUGCAAGUGAACAUGCCCGCUGGUUCCUGCGUUCACCCUGAUUCCUUGACUAGGGAUACUCUAGCCCACAGGAGUAUGUGGGGCUGUGGUGGAAACAUGGCCCAGGUCAGGGCGUCCCUGGUCGGGCAGGAGGGAGAGACGGAUAACCAGCACCCACCCAACAGCCCGCAGUCUCCCUGCCCACACUCCUCUUGCUGCUCAGACUGGGACAAGGCAGCAGGGCUGGGAGCAGAAACCCAGCAGAGCCCCUUUCAGACCUCCAGGACAACACCGAAUUCUCCCUAUAUGGGCCAGCAACAUGCCAGGCCAGCACCAACCCUGCUGGGUCUCAGCCUCUGCAGCUCUGGACUGACGCAACAGAUCGGCUUUGGAGGUGCAGUCGUAACCCCAAGCACUUCACACCCCAUGUGUUCCCAUGGCAACCUUAGUCAGUCCCACCCCUCCCUUAGUUUGCCAGUGAUCUCUGACCUCUCGAGACCACACUCUGGAAGUCCUACGCCCAUCCGCACCUCGCUUACACCGGUUGGCCAAUCUCAGCUCCACACUGUUGUCACUCCUCUGAUACACACUGGGAUUUGUAGUUCUGGCUCAGGUCUUGAGCUGUUGCUGGGUCUUGGACACCCCGCUGGAUCCAGACAAAACAACCUUGUGGGAUCUAGUCCAAUCCACACACAUGAAUCCCUGCCCUCUCCCACAAUAGAACCACCUAGAUCACAGAGCACUGCACCAUCUGGAAUGUGAAGGCAGAGCUUUUAACCAUGAUGAAAAUAAUAUUCUGAAACUGAAAUAUAUGUUUGUAUGACACUAUUUGAGAUCUUCGGAGAGCCACAAAGAAUAUUGGCCUGACAUGUCAUCUACUGUCAUUAACAACAGACUGUUCACUAAAUUUGCUAUGUUCCCUCUUUGAGAAAAAUGGUAUGAAAUACUACAUGGGUUGUCUAAACUGAAGUAUUUUUUACAUAUACACACACACAGGACAUUUGUUGUUGGCCAGUAGACCUUAGCUGGUUUGAAAGUCGUUCUUUUCUCCCUCGAUGAUGAUGUGUAACAUGUUAAAUUCAGUUCAGUUCGCAUUCAGAGAGCAAAACCACAGAAGACACGUUUCCAUAUUCCCAUGGCUGGUAUUCACAAUAAGAUAGCCUCUGGUCUCCGAGCCUCUCUCUAGAACCCAAUAUUGCCAGCCAAUUGCCUGUCAAACCUUUGAGUCACUUCAAAAACAAAUUCCUUUGAUGAAUCACGGUCUUCAAGGACAGAAUGUUUGUCUGCACAGAACUGUUCAUUGCCAAGGCUCACCACUGCAAUCACAAAGGAGCAUAUUUUCUGUCUGUCUGCUCAGUUAAAGGCAGAGUCUCGUUUAUGGCAAAAGGUUGUUAGGUGCAGACGCUUUCGACUUUGAUGGACUUCGACUGACUAGGUGGUCAACGUGAACAGCCAGUCUCAGUCAGGGAGGAGUUUGAAAGGAUGUCAGUCAGUCAGACAGUUUCUUCUUCCUGUUGUAGUUUGCAAAUUGACGUGAGUAAUGGGAGAUAGAGCGGAAUUGUGUUCCAUAUUGUUGUUUACAGUCGAUACAGUUGAAAUUCCUCUUUAAUUUUUAUUAAAAUGAAGAUGAUGACUGAUUAAAUUAAUUAUAAUGUUAAUUUAAUAAAUUAUUGUUGGGACACAUUCAACAGGUCAGCAAUUGCAGGUCACAUAAAUUCAGUGUUGAGUGAGUCCGGCACAUGUGUAUCAUCAGCCUACUCUACAGUAUAAUAUUAUCAUAUUUUUUACACUACAGCUACACUACAGUAUAGAAUGAUAGAGUAAUACAAGGUUUUACGUGCCACUGUUGCAGAAAUCACAUAUCAGAUCCUGCGAUUUCUUACAUUUAAAAAGUAUUCACACAUUCUAACACCCAUGAGGGCGGUGUUCUGGGGUCAUGAAGGUUUGUUCUAGCUUGUGCAGCGGACGGAGAGAGACCGCAGCACCUGACUUCAGAAACGGUCGCCGCCCUGCUCCCUCUGGGUUUUAAUGACCUACGACAUGAUGACAUUCUGCAGCACUGGUGAAAAUCUGACAACAUUUCUAACCAAGCAAGCAUUGAGUUAAGUCCAACAUGCAUCACAUUAAGUCAGCAUUGCGCAACGCCGCCUUCAGUCGACUAGACUUAUUGAUAUUUGAGCUUUACAACCAAUCAAAUUACACCCCACUCCUCUGUGCUCCUGAAGAGAUGUGUUGAUUGGCUAGAAUUGUUUAUGGCAUGGUCUGAGCCAUUAUGUUUGUUUCCAGCCUGUGUGCGAAUAGUUGUUUUGAGCGCUCUCACUGAAUGGGCAGCUAGAGGACCAUGUGGAGCAAUGAAUAUAACAUGUAUUAGAUUAUAAUCGUGGACUGCACCUUUAAAAUGAUGUCUCAGUGUUUUUCCACUUGAUCUCUUUCUGUCACAGGCAUAGUGUCAACCACCACAACAAAUAUAUUUCAAUUUAUCUGGGCUAAUUAACAAUAACAGAAAGCUGUGUUUUGAAAAUACAUCAUAUUGUGGGGGUAUACAGGGGUCAAAUGAGAUGUCAUCUACAUGUUUCAAAUAUGACCAUACAACUCUUCUCAAAAGUGGACCCAUCACGUUUGACUAAUGAGUUCUAAGGUGAUACAAGGAGACAAUGUCCCACCCCGAGCUUUUGUAUUUCUAGACAGUAAGAGUGGUGGUAAUCAGUUGUAUUCUGCUGAUGUGCUUCCAUUGUGCUUGCUCUAAGGCGGUCCAGGCUCUGGGCUCUGUAAAGCACCUUGAGACAAUUUUAUUGUUCUGGCGCUAUAUAAAUAAAAUUGAAUUGAAUUGAAUUUAAUUGAAUUGAAUUGAAUUGAUGUGGUAGAUACAGGCUACAUGCAGAAAACCAAUUAUCUACUUUCCAAAAGGCAUCAAAUCUCUAAGGUUAUUUCCACUGUUAUUGAUUUGACAUACAGAUGUACAGUAUAUGUGUGUAUGUAUUUUACCAAGUGAUUGUACUGUGUUGUGCUCCCUGACUGAAGGAAUAAUGUCUUAAGAUCCCUAGACACCACUUAUAUGGUGUUCUGAAACAUUACAUGUUUUGUAUACUUGGCUUGGCUUUAUUUAUCAAAUGUUUAAAGGCU